AUGAUGACAUCAUCAGCAAAUUUUUCUUCGUGGCUACUGCUAGGUAAUGGCUCCUCAUCAGAAGGAGGUGAAUCAGCUGCAGUCCUGGGAGCUGUGUUGAGCCUGAUGUGCAUUACUGGGGUGGCUGGCAACCUCUAUGCCCUAGCAGUAGUGCGGGCCUUGGCCUCGGCCUCCUCUCUGCAUGUCCACCUGGUUAACCUAGCCUUGGCUGACCUUCUGUAUCUCUUGACGGCCCCCUUCAUUGUUCACAACGGGCUGGUAAAGGACUGGCCUUUUGGGGAGGCUGGGUGCCGGAUUCUGCUCAGCCUAGACCUCCUCACGAUGCAUGCCAGCAUCUUCUUGCUGACCCUGAUGAGCUGUGAGCGCUACACUGCCGUGGUGCACCCAUUCCAGGCUGCCAGCCGUGCUCGGCGAUGCGGCCGACCUCUGGCCAUUGCUGUUUGGCUCCUGUCCUUUGCUCUGGCCCUCCCCAUGAUGGUCAUGAUCCACCAGGAGGAGCGUACAAUGGGGGAUGGAGCUGGGGUGCGCCGCCUCUGCUCCCCCACCUGGAGUGAGGAGCAGUACAAAGUGUACUUGAGCAUCCUUUUUGGCACCAGCAUAGUGGCACCUGGGAUAGUCAUUGGGUCACUCUACUGGCGCCUGGCAAGAAGCUACUGGCUGUCACAGACCCGUGGAGGCUUGGGACGUUCCCCCAAGAAUCGUGUCUUCCUCCUCAUCCUUGUGAUCGUCUUGGCCUUUUGGGCCUGCUAUUUGCCCUUCUGGAUCUGGCAACUCCUUCCCCUUUACUGCCCAUCGGCAGCCCACCUGCCCGUCCACACGGAGGUCUCUGUCAACCACCUGGUGACCUGCUUGACCUACGGGAACAGCUGCAUCAACCCUUUCCUCUACACUCUGCUCACACGCAACUACCGUGAAUACCUACGUACUCACCAACGAGGGGCUUCCUGGGGCUUUCUGCCAUGCCUCCAGAGCAGAAGGGGGUCUCAGAGGGAAGGGGCUACAGUCGCCUGA